AUGGGAAGGAAGAGUGGGAGCUCAUGGCUGACUGCGGUCAAAAGAGCAUUCAGGUCUCCCUCCAAAGACUCGGAGAAAAGGACUGAGCAUGAAGAGAACGAGAGUAACAAGAAGAGGGAGAAGAGGAGAUGGAUAUUCCGCAAGUCUUCAAGCAGCCAGCAGCAGCAGCAAACGGGCAAUAUAAAGCAGCAACCGCUUCCGCGGCCGCUACCAGCGGCGGUAACUCCGGAACAGAGGCACGCCAUGGCUUUAGCCGUCGCAACAGCAGCCACGGCGGAGGCUGCGGUCGCUACCGCUCAAGCCGCCGCAGAGGUAGUCCGGCUCACUAGACCAACGGCUUGCUUCGCAAGAGAGCACUGCUCCGCCAUUGUCAUCCAAACGGCCUUUCGUGGCUACCUUGCCAGGAGAGCGCUUCGGGCAUUGAAGGGGCUUGUAAAGCUUCAAGCUUUAGUUAGAGGGCACAACGUUCGAAAACAAGCGAACAUGACUCUUCGAUGUAUGCAAGCGUUGGUGAGAGUUCAGGCACGGGUUCGGGAUCAGCGUAUGCGGCUGUCUCAGUCACAUGACGCCGCUCCUUGCAGUAGCUAUAAGUCUUCUCUUAGCUGUGACAGCAAUAUCUUGGAUUCGAGAUAUCUUCAAAACAUCGUCGAGAGAAGAUCUAUUAAGUCGAGAGAAGGGAGCAUUUACGCCGACGACUGCGAGGACCGUUCCCAGACCAUAGGGGAGACUCAGGCGACGUCGAAGAUUAGGAAAGAAGCCGUCUUGAAAAGAGAAAAGGCAAUCAUUUAUUGGGUAACAAGUAGCUCUGCUUCCCCUGUUUUCCUAUGUUACUAAAACAACAUUUUUUUAUCUUAUUAGAUGUGGAGAGCAGAUACCAAUCUAUCUCCAACACUGAAUAAUUUUGAACCAGAAGUAGAGCCACCGAGGUGGCUCGAACGGUGGAUUGCUUCACGAACAUCAUUCGACAACAGAAGCAGCAGCUGGGGUAGAGGCUCCAUAGACCACCGCGACCCAAUAAAAAUUCUUGAAAUCGAUACUGCUCGGCCAUUCUCCUACGCCGCAGCCCGCCGGCAUUCUCCGGCAACUCUUCCAGUCACCUCUCCCCGCCACCGCUCCCCUGCCACUCCUUCGCCAUCAAAGGUUCCGCCUUUACAAGUCCGCUCCGCGAGCCCUCGCUGCUACGCCCACACACCUAGCUUAUCAGCGGCACGUGCAGUGCCGAACUACAUGGCGACGACGGAGUCGGCCAAAGCACGCCUGAGGUCGCAGAGCGCACCGAGGCAGAGGCCAGCGACGCCGGAGAGAGACAGGUUGGGUUCGGUGAAGAAGAGAUUGUCGUAUCAGGUGCCAGAAGCGUACUGCGGGAAUAGUUUGAGAAGUCCAAGCUUCAAGAGCGCGAUGGGGAGGAUUGGGUCCGAACAGAGUUCGAAUGUUUUAUCGACCUACACGGACAGCGAAGUGUCGCCGUCGUCCACGACGGAUCUCCGGCGGUGGAUGCGGUGAAAAGUGAAUGCCGUUCAUUGAUUUCAUUUGUGUUUUUUGUUUGUUUCGUAUUGCUGUACUGUAGUGUGGUUUAUUAUUUACUCGCUUUUCGCUUUUCUGAUGUACUGAACGUCGUUUGGGUUGGUUUGGAAGGAGAAGUGAUAGGCCA